AUGCUGCACAUCACCCUUGACCCCUGUAAAUUAGGGAUCAACCUGCUUCUCCUGCAACCUCUGCUAUAUACGAUGUCAUGUCGUCGAUCACUUUGGAAAUUGGGCCAGUGA